GCUCCGCCGCAGGCUCCCAGCGCCAUGGCCCCGGGCAGCACCAUCCUCCUCCUCCUCCUCCUCCUCCUCCUCGGCGUCCCGGCGGCCCCGGCGCUGGGCGACCCCGGCCCCCUGGAAGACGUGGUGAUAGACAGAUACUAUAUCCCCAAAAUCUGCCUGCGGGAGGUCCAGAUGGGGGAUUUCAUUCGCUACCACUACAAUGGCACCUUUAAAGAUGGCAAAAAGUUUGACUCCAGCUACGACCGAGGGGCCACGGUGGCCGGCGUGGUGGGCGUCGGGCGGCUGAUCACCGGCAUGGACCGGGGGCUGCAGGGCAUGUGCGUGAACGAGCGGCGUCACCUCAUCGUUCCACCACACCUGGGCUACGGCAGCAUCGGCGUGGCGGGGCUGAUCCCCCCAGAUGCCACCUUGUACUUCGACGUCGUCAUGCUGGACAUCUGGAACAAGAACGACAAGCUGCAGAUCACCACCCUCUCCAAACCCGAGCACUGCAACCGCACGGUGGAGAACUCGGACUUUGUGCGGUACCACUACAACGGCACGCUGCUGGACGGCACCCCCUUCGACUCCAGCUACAGCAAAGACAGCACCUACGACACCUACGUGGGCACCGGCUGGCUGAUCAAGGGCAUGGACCAGGGGCUGCUGGGCAUGUGUGCCGGGGAGAAGAGGAGCAUCAUCAUCCCCCCGUUCCUCGCCUACGGGGAGAAGGGCUACGGGACCGUGAUCCCACCGCAGGCCUCGCUGGUGUUCAGCGUGCUGCUGAUUGACUUCCACAACCCCAAGGACGGUGUCUUCCUGGAGCACCUGGAGGUGCCGGAGUCCUGCAAGCGCAGGGCUGUGACCGGGGACUUUGUCCGCUACCACUACAACGGCACGCUGAUGGACGGGACGCUCUUCGACUCCAGCUACUCCCGCAAUCACACCUACAACACCUACAUCGGGAAGGGCUACAUCAUCCCCGGCAUGGACCAGGGCCUGCAAGGGGUCUGCGUGGGAGAGAGGCGGCGGGUGGUCGUCCCCCCGCACCUGGCCUAUGGGGAGAACGGAGCAGGGAACAAAAUUCCCGGCUCAGCCGUGCUCAUCUUCGACGUCCACAUCAUCGACUUCCACAACCCCGCGGACCCGGUGGAGAUCGAGACCGUGUACCGGCCCGAGGACUGCAAUGUCACCACCCGCAACAGAGACUUCGUCCGCUACCACUACAACUGCUCCUUGCUGGACGGCACCAAGCUCUUCUCCUCCCACGACUACGAGAAGCCCCAGGAGGUGACUCUGGGGACCAACAAGGUGAUCGAGGGCCUGAACAGUGGCCUUCUCAACAUGUGCGCGGGGGAGAGGCGGGUGCUCAUCAUCCCCCCCCACCUGGGCCACGGGGAGAGCGGAGCCCGGGGGGUGCCCGGCAGCGCCGUGCUGCGCUUCGAGGUGGAGCUGAUCUCCAUGGAGGAGGGGGUUCCUGAGGGCUACCUCUUCAUCUGGCACGGGGACCCGCCGGCGAACCUCUACGAGCAAAUGGACCUGAACAAGGACGGGGAGAUCCCCGCCGACGAGUUCUCCACCUUCAUCAAGACCCAGGUGGCGGAAGGGAAAGGCCGGCUCAUGCCCAGCUCCGACCCGGAGAAAGUCAUCGCUGACAUGUUCCAGAACCAGGACCGCAACCAGGACGGGAAGAUCACCUCCGAGGAGCUGAAGCUGAAGUCGGAUGAGGACCAGGAGAAGAUCCACGAGGAGCUCUGAGGAUCAGACCUCACUUUCCCCCCCGGAGACAGGACUCGUCCCCGCUGCAUCACAGCCGGCUUCCCCCCACCCCGGCUGCCCUGGGAACCUGCCCCUGCCCCUGCCCCUCCCCAGCCCUGCGGGGGGGGUCUAGUUUGGUUUGUUCCCCCCGCCCCUGCUAUUAUUUAACUGAGGUUUUCUUUUGAUGUGUUCCUCCUGAGCAGGAAAACUCGCCACCCCCCAGCUAAUAAACCCAGGCAAGAAGGUGGGAAACACCCACGUUCCUGGGAGUCUUGGUCCCCCCCAGGGACGGCAGCGCCUGCGUUUCCUCCUGCUGCCCGUGCCCUGCGGCUCCCCGGCCCUGCAGACGAUACCUCUGCCGUGCAGCGGGACCGAGGGUGCCAGGGCGAGAUCCUGGAGCCCUGCCCUGCCCCGCGCUGCUGCCAAAACCCCGCUUCGAGCCCCUGCUCUCGGCUCUCCCCGGAGGGGCCGGGGCAGCGGCGUCCCCUCCCCGAGCCCCUUCGUCCUCAGCCAGCGACUGCAGGUUCCGCUCCAGCCCCCUGGGGCAGGCAGGCAGGAGGGGGCUUCCCUCCACUUCUACCGCAGCAUUUUGUAGCUUAGGGUUAGAGUUUGGGUUGGUUUUUUUUGUUUUUGUUUUUGUUUUUUUUUUAUAUACGCAUAUAAAAUUCUUCAGAGAGGAGAAACAGAGAAGCCUUUCGUGCCGGUCCCUGCUGCUGGCCCAGCCUCUGCUCCCCGCUGCCGUCCUCCCCGCAAUGACAGGCCGGAGGGGCCUCAGGUUCCCAGGGCGACAGCCCAGGUGCCCCACAUGGAUCCCCCAUUCCAGAACGCCUGGGACCCCCGAGACAGUGGGGACGGGACCUGGCAAACCCCUUGUCAGCUGGGAGAAGGCAAAGAGAAAGCCUCUCCCACCCAGGCCCUCAGGGAGCAGCAUCAUCCCCAUCCGCAUCCUCCCCGCCAGCCCUCCGUCAUCGAGAAAAAUCAGCCCAAUUUAAUUUUGAUGCCUAAAUGCAGCUAACGAGCUGGGCGCUCUCAGGUUUGCCAGUUGUGACCAGCGCGGCUCCAACACCUCCCACCGGCUCUAAAAGCUUUUGCGCGGUGUGUCUUGCCGAAGGAGAUAAAAGAAAUGCAAGAACCGAACAGUGCGAAGGGUCAGAGCGAACCCCUCAAACGAUGACUUAC